AUGCACCGGCGGGGGGUGGGGGCGGGGGCGAUCGCCCGGAAGAAACUGACCGAGGCCAAGUACAAGGAGCGCGGCACGGUCCUGGCUGAGGAUCAGCUGGCCCAGAUGUCGAAGCAGCUGGAGACGUUCCGGACGCACCUGCAGGCCUUUGCCAGCAAGCACAAGCAGGAGAUCCGGCGCAGCCCCGAGUUCCGGCUGCAGUUCCAGCACAUGUGCGCCGCCAUCGGCGUCGACCCGCUGGCCUCUGGAAAGGGGUUCUGGGCCGAGGUGCUCGGGGUUGGAGAUUUCUACUACGAGCUGGGGGUGCAGAUCAUCGAGGUGUGCCUGGCCCUGCGGCACCGCAACGGAGGGCUGAUCACGCUGGAGGAGCUGCAGGCCCAGGUGCUCAAGGGCCGCGGGAAAUUCGCUCAGGACGUCAGCGCGGAUGAUCUGCUCCGGGCCAUCAGGAAGCUGAAGGUGCUGGGCAGCGGAUUUGGGAUCAUCCCCGUGGGGGGAACGGUGCUGGUGCAGUCGGUGCCGGCCGAGCUGAGCAUGGAGCACACGGUGGUGCUGCAGCUGGCCGAGAAAAAGGGAUUUGUGACCGUCAGCGAGAUCCGGGACAGCCUCAAGUGGGAGACGGAGAGAGCGAAGCAGGUGCUGGAUCACCUGCUGAAGGAGGGCAUGGCCUGGCUGGACGCGCAGGCUCCGGCCGAGCCUCAGUUCUGGCUCCCCGCGCUCUUCUCGGAGCUGCACGGGCAGGAGGGCACAGCCGGGACCUGAGGGCCCCGGAGAGCCGGGAAUAACCCUGGGAUAUCCGGGAAUAACCCAUGGGAUAUCUGGGAAUAACCCAUGGGAUAUCCGGGAAUAACCCCUGGGAUAUCUGGGAAUAACCCAUGGGAUAUCUGGGAAUAACCCAUGGGAUACCCGGGAAUAACCCUGGGAUACCCGGGAAUAACCCCUGGGAUACCUGGGAAUAACCCUGGGAUACCCGGGAAUAACCCCUGGGAUACCCGGGAAUAACCCUGGGAUAUCCGGGAAUAAACCCCUGGGAUAUCCGGGAAUAACCCUGGGAUACCUGGGAAUAACCCCUGGGAUACCUGGGAAUAACCCCUGGGAUACCCAGGAAUCCCUCCCAGGAUCUUCAGGAAUCCCCCCUGGGAUCAUUCCUGGAGCCCUCAGGAAUCCCAGCUGGAAUCCCUGCCAGGAUCCUCGGGAAUCCGUCCUGGAAUCCUCAGGAAUCCCAGCUGGAAUCCCCUCUGGAGUCCCAGGAAUCCUGUCUGGAAUCCCCUCUGGAACCCUUGGGAAUCCCCCCCUGGAAUCCUGGCGGGAAUCCCUCCCAGGGUUCUUGGGAAUCCCCCCUGGAAUCCUCGGGAAUCCCUCCCAGGAUCCUCAAGGAAUCUCCCCUUGAAUCCCUCCUGGAGUCCUUGGGAAUCCCCCCUGGAAUCCUCAGGAAUCCCAGCUCAAAUUCCCCCCAGGAUCCUCAGGAAUCCCUGCUGGAAUCCCUGGGGAAUCCCCCCUGGAAUCUCUGGGAAUCCCCCCUGGAAUCCCUGGGGAUCUCCCCUGGAAUCCUGUCUGGAGUCCUCGGGAAUUCCCCCCAGGAUCCUCAGGAAUCUCCCCUUGAACCCCUCCUGGAGUCCUUGGGAAUCUCAGCUGGAAUCCUCAGGAAUCCCAGCUCGAAUCCUCAGAAUCCCAGCUUGAAUUCCCUCCAGGAUCCUCAGGAAUCCCCUCAGGAUCCUCAGGAAUCCCCCCUGGAAUCCCUGGGGAAUCCCCCCUGGAAUUCCUGGGAAUCCCCCCUGGAAUCCUGGGAAUCCCCCCCUGGGAUCCCUGGGGAUCCCCCCUGGAAUCCUGGGAAUCCCCCCUGGAAUCCCUGGGAAUCCCCCCUGGAAUCCCUGGGAAUC